AUGUCUCACACCGCGGGCGCGGGAUCGGGCGCUCGCGGUCCGUCUCGCAGAAGCAAAGUCGGCGCGCUGCUCAGUGAGUACUACAAUCUGGGCGACGAAAACAGUCACACGUCUCAAGCCAAGUCAGAGCCGGCUGGCCCCCCGCAGAAGCCGUCUGCCGCCGCGCCUGGCGGGAGCGCGUCGAAUGGAUUGGCGCAGCCGUUUCGCGGCGCAGGCGGCCCCGCUCAGAAUCGACCCUCGGGAAGUCCGGGGGCAGAGGCCCUCCCGACGGGACCCAGCGGCUUCUCGCCCUGCACAACAUCAUCCGAAGCGAAGGGCUCUGCGACGGCUAGCCCGCGCUCCUGCUCGCGGGGUGGCGACUCGCGAAUGUUAUCUUCAACUGGGCACCAAACUGCGGCCGGCGCGGGCGACGUCGAGCGGGGCGGGAAGACCGACUUAGACAGCGAGAACUUCGAUGUGCAUGCGUACUUCGCCUCAGCAGUUCAAACCUCGUCGCUUCGCGAGCUUCUGCGGCGGAGCGGCCAGCUGGAAGAAGAAGUGCGGCGCUUCGAGGGGGAGCUCCAGACGCUGGUCUACGAGAACUACGGAAAAUUCCUCGACGCGGCCGAGACAGUCCGCUGCGUGAAAGAGGACAUGCAGGCCCUCCAAGAAGACAUGGGUCAGCUGGACUCGCGAGUCGACGCCAUCGAAGGCUCCAGUCGCGAGCUCGACGAGCUCGUGCGCGACCGCGCAGCGAGUAUUGAGGAGUUGGUCUCGUUCCGCCAGCUUCUUGACAAACUUCAGAUUCUCUUCACAUUUCCAGAGGUGCUGCGUCGCCACUUGGCGAACGGCGACGCGGAGACAGUCCUGUCCAUCUACCUGCAUAUUCACCCGUUCCUCCAGGCCCAGCAGAAAGCGCUGCCACGUCUCCAGCGCCUGCAGCUGCUGGACGCGGACGCCACAUCCGUUUUCCGCUGUGCAAAGAAGGUCCUUCGUCAGCGAUUGGAGCCGCCCUCUAGUUCUUCUUCAGGGGAGGACGCUGCGUCGCUCCCGGGAGCUCGCCCCGCGGCCGUCAGUUCUGCGGGCUCCGCAGAGAUUUUGUCAUCAAAGGACGCGUCGAAGAUCCUCAUGCUGCUGCUUGAAGCCCAGGACGAAGGCCGCGCCUCCCUCCUGCAGCUCUACCACCGAAGUCGAACCCAUGCGCUGAUUCAGCUGCUGCAGCUCAUCUUCGAGCAGGAUCGUCUCCAGCGAGAGGCGGCGGCGAUUCAGCAACAGCAGGACAAGCAGACCGAUGCGUCCUCUGCGAGGACUGCUCAGGGGGCGCGAGGAUCCGCUACGAGUGGAGACUCCGGCAGCCAAGUCAGCGGCAGCGGCCACGGCGCGUUGUCUGCAGAGUUCCGGGGCGGGGAGGCAGGCGCGGGGACGCGGCGCAUGCUCGAAGUGGCUUGCAGCAGCGUGUCUGAGCAGCUCAUGGGCCCCUUGGUCGACGCGGUGCACGACACGCUUGUGGUUUUUCGGUGGAACGAUCGGCCCGGAAGCGGCAGCCAGAAAGACGACGCAGGCGGAGGAAGCCAGCAGACGUAUGCAGGGCGAGGCGCCCGUCCACCUGCCAGCCGCGCGAAGCCUGAAGGGGACAAGCUGAGCGCGGAGGACAGCGCAACCUUGCAGGGGUUCCUCAUGCCUGUUCUUCGCUCGGUUUUCGCGCGCGUCCUCGCACUUCUCGCCUCCACAAAUCCUCCUGCGGCGUCCGUCGUUUCGGCAGUCGACUCGCUGCGGGUCGCGCUUCGGCGGCUGCAUGCGGUGCUCCCUGCCGACCAGCAGCAGCUGCUGGCGGAGGAGUUCGUGAGCUUCUCGGACCAGCUUCUCCAGCAGGAAAUCGCCUUGGCGUUCAGGGAGUCCUACUUGCGUGCCGCUGAAGAACUCGGCGCGCUGCAGGCCUUCUGCCACAACAUGCAGGCGCCGCAGCUGCCCGGCACCAGGGGCCCCUCUGACGACGCCUCCUCGCCAGCGGAGACUGCUGAGAGGCGCAGCCUCGGAAGCAGAGGAGUCGGGGCCGCGGGGCAGCCCCUAGACGACUCGAAGACGCAAGAGGCUCUUCAGCAGCUCGCGCGAACGGAACACGCAGUUCUUCUUCAAGGGUGUUUGACGCUGACCGACGCCCACCAGCUGGUCAACGGCGUCUGCGGAGUCAAGUCCGCUCAGGCAGAGCGACUCGUGCGCACUGACAUCGUCGCGUGGACGGAAGGCUUCUUCUCGCUCGUCGUGAAGUGUCUCCUGCGGCUCACGCGCGACACGCCCACAGCUCUCCAGGAGCGCGUGGAGCAGCGGGUCGAGGCCGAGGAGUUGCGAGAAGAUGAGCUGGCGUGGCGUGAGCACCUGGAGGAGGGCCUUGAGGGGUUCGCGGCGGCGAGGUACCUCGGGGCGCCUUCGAAGGCGAUCAAGCCGCGGGCGUCGGCGACCAGCGGCAAGUCUAGCCUCGAGCGGCAAAUCACCGACGCGGUUCACACGGCGAUCUUCACAUACCUUGUCGGCCCUGGGGUGGAGGGGCGGUCAGAGUCAGCGGGAAGCGCACUGCGAAGACUCGAGGGCAGGGCGGGCGAGAAGGACCCGAGCGAAGCCCGCACCUUCCCCGCGGGCUAUCUGGACGAGGGACGCACGCUGUUCUGUCUGCUGAUGAUGCGCAUGGGUCGGCACCUCGAACUGCAGGGCCUGGGAAAGGUUGCAGCUGUGGCUGUCGAGCUCUUCCCCUCGUUUCCGGUUCACCGGCUGACCGCGUCGUCCGCGGGCCCUCUGCCGGCUGGCAAGGGGGCGCCUGAGCGGUCAGAGUCGCCAGAGGAGGCCGCUGCUGCUACGGACGAGAAGAGUCAGCCGCUGCUGCUGCGCACGCGCUGGGCGUCGCAAGCUGUGUUGACUACUUACGUGUAUCACCGCGGCCUCGAAGGCGCCGCGCUCGCGACGGCGGCGCUACGGGACUUUGAUUGUCUCCAGAAUAUCGACGAGAAGUCUGCGGGUGAGGAGGCGGCGCCGCCGCCUGUGGACGACGCUGCCGGGGCGGAGGGCUGGGUUGGCGCGAGCGGUAGUGCCAAGAAGAGUCCCUUCGCGAGGGGACUCACCGCCCAAGAGCAGCAGCAGCUGCAGAUUUUAGGGCUUUUGGAUCCGCUUCUGCAGCUCCUGCAGAGGUGCGACGCCGAGUGUGCGAAGCUCCUGGGCGAACGGAGACAGGGUGCGGGGGGGAUUGGCAGCGCGUGCGUGAUGCCCGGGACGACUGGAGCCGGGGCGGGGUCGGAGCAAACUCACCAGCGGCGCAUGGCGCGCCUUUUCGGGCGCCGGCGGACGGCGAUUGAGAAGGAGAUGGAGCGGCUUUUUGCGCGGAAGCAGGCGGUUUUUGCGCAGGUGCCCUUCAGCCGGGCGAAAGCCGUCAUGGGCAUCUUCCGCAUCGCCUCGCGCGCGCUCGUUGAGGACGUCCGCAGCCAGCUGUUUAGUCGCUCCGCUGUCCGCCAGCUGCAGCUCGAGUGUGCCGCUGCUUCGGAAUUCAUUCGCGAUCUCGUCGCCGCCGAGGACGGGUCUGUUGUAGAUGGGCUCCUCGACGAGAUCACGGCCUCCGCCACGGCGCGAUGCAUAGAGCGCGCGCCAAAACUGCCACUGCUCGGAUGCGUGACAGUCCGCGGCGCUGUGGGCGUGGCCGCAGCUGCAGCCGCUGUCGCUGCGGCGACCGGCGGGGUAGAUCCUGACGCGGGCAACGUGUUGCUGGAGCAGGCUGUUGUGGAAGAUGUGUGUAACCGCUGUCGCGGGAGAUACGAGCGCGUCCUCAAAGGAGGCCUAUGA